AUGGGUACACCGACAAUGGGCGGGAUUUUAAUUCUGCUUUCGAUCGGGAUCAGUACCUUGCUUUGGGCAGAUUUAUCCAAUCCUUAUGUAUGGAUUGUCUUGGCUGUUAUGGUGAUCUUUGGUGCUGUAGGUUGGGCGGAUGAUUGGAUUAAAGUCCGUUAUAAAGACAAUGCGGGUUUACCUGCCAAGAAGAAAUUCUUUUGGACUUCGGUUGGCUCUUUGGGGGCGGGUAUUGCGUUGUAUAUCAUUGCAACUCAGCAAGACAGCCCCGUACAUACAGCGAAUAUGCUGGAUUUGUUGAUACCAUUUUUUAAAAAUCUGAGUAUUCCAUUGUCUUCAAUUCCAUUGGGUAUUGGCUUCAUUAUUUUUACCUAUCUGGUAAUCAAUGGUGGGUCAAAUGCAGUGAAUUUGACCGAUGGGUUAGAUGGUCUGGCGAUCAUGCCGAUUGUUUUGGUUGCCGCAGGUUUAGGUGUUUUUGCAUACUUGGCAGGUGAUAUACGCUUUGCCAAUUAUUUACAUAUUCCCUAUGUAAAAUAUACCUCUGAGCUGGUGAUUAUUUGUGCUGCAAUGAUUGGAGCGGGUUUAGCAUUUCUUUGGUAUAACGCGCAUCCAGCCCAAGUCUUUAUGGGAGAUGUCGGUGCAUUAUCAUUGGGUGCAAUGCUGGGCACUAUCGCGGUAAUGGUUCGUCAAGAGAUCGUCUUUGCAAUUAUGGGCGGGGUCUUUGUAGUAGAAGCAAUCUCGGUAUUCUUACAAAUCGGAUCAUUACGUAUGCGCAAUAAACGUGUAUUUCUUAUGGCACCGUUGCACCAUCAUUAUGAGAAAAAAGGCUGGCGUGAGACUCAAGUGGUGAUCCGUUUUUGGAUUAUCACAAUUAUGCUGCAAGCCGUGGUUGAGAAAAUUCGUGAGUUACAGGUUAAAAACCUGCUGGAUAUCGGCUGUGGUGAAGGCUACUAUACCGAUGCAAUGCAACAUCAAGUGAUGCAAUGUAUUGGGGUUGAUAUUGCAAAAAAUGCGGUUCAAGUUGCUGCAAAACUCAAUAAAGAUGUGACAUGGAUUGUGGGAACAGGAGCGACUCUACCUGUUUUGGAUCAUUCGAUUGAUUUGUGUACCAGCUUAUUUAGCCCGAUCCCAGAAGAAGAAAUACUCCGAGUGCUUAAGCCGAAGGCUUAUUUGAUGGUGGUAACACCUGCACCAGAGCAUUUAUAUGGGAUGCGUGAGGGCUUGUUUGAUGAAGUUAAAGCCCAUGAACCGCAAAAAGCAGCCGAUUAUCGAAACAACGCGGUGUUACUUUGUUCGGUUUUAGCGGUUGAUCUGAACCUUCAUCAGCCUGUCCAAACUGGAAGCGCUGCGAUCCCACCAUAUUCACGACGACCAAGUGUUGAAGGCUGGUCAAAACCGACCCAAGCAAUCGCAACUAAUUUGCCGUUGAAGCCAGCAAACCACGCAUCUUUAGCAUCGUUGGUUGUCCCUUGGGGUUUGAACCUCAUCCACUGUAAGGUUUGCACCUUCAAUCACUUCAUCAUCAGGGGUGAUGGCUUGGGUAUCGACUACCGUCUCUUUUUGAUUGAUACAUGGAAUACACGCAUAUUCAGGCGCUGCUUCAUAAAUGGUUUUGCCAUAAGCAUCUUCAAUACGGCUGAUGAAAUGCGGUUGAAUGCGAUAUCCACCAUUGGCAAUUGCGGCAUAGCCAGUUGCCAUUUGAACUGGAAGUACUUGUGGGGUACCGAGCGCAAUCGUGAAGUUACGUGGGAUUUGAUCUUCUUGUAG